AUGUUGAAACGAGAACGGGGAAAGACACCUUUUUCGAUAGGCGACGGUCUCACCGGCCGACGGACUGGUGUAACAGUUGAGGAUACCGGAGAACGGGACGAAAAUGGAAUGGAAAAGAUCGACAAUAUAUACCAGGAAUCGGCUGACGAAGACUCCGAAGAGGAAAAGCCUCUCAAGGGAAGUCAUGCCAUGAGUGAUUUCAAGGUACAGCGAGACGACAGUGACGAUGAGCAAGCGAGUCACGUGAGCCUACCUCCUCAGACGCUUACUCGGCCCCCAAAGACCAAAAUUCAAGCUAUCGGGCUUAACGAUGUGACACAACGGGCUACCAAUCAGUUACCAAAACAGACAACAAAACAGACAACAACACCAGCUAGAGGAACUACCCUCAAAGCCCCAUCAUCUGCCCGUAGACUGAAAAUUGUAUCGGCGGUGCCUGUUUCCAAAGUGGUUUCUAAACCCAGUACAUCCUCCAAGGCUUCUUCUUUCGAUUCGAAACCAGCAACACAGUCUUCCUCUACAGCACCAAAGAUCACCAAAGUGUCGGCAAUCAAGUCGAUUCAGCCCGUGCCUGCUCAGAAACUACCAGCACCACAACCAAAACAGCGACAACCAUCGCCUGAUGAUACUGUUGACUCACUAGACAUGUCUCCGGCACCAUACAACAACCCAUACGUGGCCCCUCCCACCAAGUUUGUACCCAAGACGUUUUCUAGCACAAAACCAUUCACAGCAACCGACUCGGUUUUCAAGACGCCUGCUCGAGCCAACAGUCUCUAUGGCGACUCCCCUGCGGACUCGACGCCAGGAGUUCCUACACCAGCCUUCAAGCCUGCCCAGUUCAAUCCUGGAACAUUCCAGUUUGGAGGAGCAAAGGACGUGUUUGAUAUCCCUGAGGAUGAACCAAUAAAUAUGGGCAUGGAUAUAGACAUGGGCAUGGAUAUGAGCAUGGAUAUGGAUGUGCAUGACGAAAGUAUUGGAUAUUCCAGCCCCAAGAAUGAAAUCAAGGGAGUUAGACCUGCGGAUGUUUUCAAUUCUCCAAACGUUCCCAAUUCGAGAGACUCCAGAGGAAGCCUUUUCGGCUCUCCUGAUGUGCCUAAACCUCUACCCAAGCCUAAGGCAAAAUCGAAAGAGCCUAAGAAGAAGCCAGCCAAGGAGAGAAAGCCGAGCUUUGCCGAAAAGUAUAAACCCAGGGACUUCUCCAAAGCCAACGACGACCUCUUCAAGCCGUUCAAGGUCCCCUCCAAGACGGUGUCUUCAAAAACCGUCACUUCCAAGCCGGCUUCUCGUGUUGAAGAUGAUUCCAUAGAAGCUAUGAGUGAUAACGACUCGAAUGCUAUGGACUUCACUAGCAUCGUUAAGCACAGUGGCCCUGGAAGUUUUGUCAAUGGCAAGUCAUCCAAGUCUAAGGAUACUAAGACGCACAAGCCGAACACUUCUGUUGAUUCUCUUGACUUUGAUCUUAGUGGAACUGAUGACAUUGGUGGCGGUGACUACGACAUUUCUAUGGGUGGUGAUGACGACGUGGCUACAAACGGUGGCAAUGGCUCGUUAGGUGAGGACGAUUCUAUUUCAUCAACUCCCAGGCAUUUCGAUCGCUCAAUCAACUACCGGGAGAUCUCUACUGUCGAUGACUCCAGGAUGGACUAUGAGGAGGACUCUGACGACGACUACUAUGACCAGUCGUACAGAAUGGAGGAUGAUGGGGAUGAUGAUGAUGAUGAUGAUGAUGAUGACGAAUACAACUCUGCUGUGGACGAAACCAUGAAUCAUGGCAGAGGUGUUCUUCCUUCUCCUCCCCGUUCUCUCCGACGUCAUCGACCGAAACGAAAUGUAGGACGUCCGGUGAGGUAUUGGAUGGGAGAGGGAAUCCAGUACAAGUUGGAAAAAAGCGAAGCUGGAGGAUUUGUGCCUGUUGUCAAGAGUGUUACUAGGUUGCCUGAUAAUGAAGAGGCAGCAGAGAGAACGAAACGCAAGAGAAGAAAGGCCUAUGAUGUUGACGAUGCUAUUGCAGAGGCUGAUGCCGAUGCGAACGAAAAUACCAACGAUAAUAAUGGCGUCGUUACUAAUUGGCAGAAGAAAAAAUCAGUUGAAGUUGAGGUUUUCAACUACACCGCUGAAGAAGGUGAUCCUGAAACGCACAUGGAAACCGUGGCUUAUAGUCACGAUGGAUGUGAUUACACUGAUCCCAGUCCUGAAGGUCUUUCUGUGGCCCAGUUGUUUGGCGACAAGAAAGAUUUCACUCAAUCUGGCAUGGUUCGUCUGAUUGGAGGAGGCCGCAAACCCGAACGAAACUCCCGCCAUCACUUGCACCACUUUUAUGUGCUUUCAGGCAUUGUAGAUGUCACUAUUGGCGAGAAGGUGAUUCGAAUCAAGGCUGGGUGUCCCUUUAUUAUUCCUAGAGGUACCAUGUUUGCGUUGCAGAACGCUUCUGAAACCAUUGAGGCGCUACUCUUCUAUGUCCGAUCCCAUGAUACUCUUCUGAGGUACGAGGAGAGAGUUGCACAAGCAGAGAUGGAUGGGGUGAAUGAGACAGGAGAAGGUGAGGGUGUUCAGGACUGA